AUGCCGUGGCUCAUGAAAGCAGAGCCAGACAGUCGCAUAGUGAAGGGAAAGGACGUCAAGUUCUCGGUGGACGACUUUGAAGAGCUUGGAACCUCUCCAUGGGACGGUGUUCGUAGCCAUGAGGCCAAGAACAUUAUGAAGGAGAAGAUGAAGCUUGGAGACAAGGUGCUCUUCUACCACUCGAACACCAAGGUCCCUGGCGUAUUUGCCAUUGCUGAAGUCGCAAAGGAAGGCUACCCCGAUUACACCGCCUGGGACCCGUCCCACCCGUACUUUGACCCCAAGUCCUCCCAAGACAACCCCACAUGGUACAUGGUCUCGGUCAAGUUCAUCCGUCGCCUCUCCAACCCCGUCACCUUGUCGUUUGUCAAGUCCCUCAUUGGGGCCAGUGCCCCGCCCAAGGGUAUUGAGUAUAUCGGCGAUGACGGACUGAAGGCUAUCCAGUCCAUGGCCCUGGUGAACCGGGGAAGACUGAGUGUUCAACCCGUCGAGGAAGACGCGUACGCCGCCAUUGUGGCUCUCGGUGACAAGGGAGGCUUCGUGGCCGACGCCAAGGCGUCCAAGAAGAAGACUUCAGUCAAGCGCGUAAAGGACGAUGACAGCGAGGACGAGCCUGCGCCGCCCAAGAAGGCCAAGGCUGCCACCAAGGAGAAGAAGACCGCGACGGAGAAGAAAACUGCGACAGAGAAAGAACCCGCGCCUAAGAAGACUGCAAAGGAGAGCAAGCCCGUCAGCCAGGGCUCGCGCCGCAGUGCCCGCCAGCGCGACUCAAAGUCUGAACUCGAUUCAUAG